CCUCUACACGCCUUCACAGCGGAGGCGCGCGUAGUCUACUGCAGAGUGGUGCGCGUGACGUCAAUGCUGGAGCGGUUCCUUGGCUCAGGAGGAAAAAUGGGGAGAAAAUUGCGAGAUUGACUGAUGCCGGGCUGCCUGCUGAACUUUGCUAGAUGGACUUGUGUCUUGGCGUAACGGCUGACAGGAGCGGAGGUGUAGUGGAUUAGGAGUAGAAGUGGAGGUUAUUGCAUCAAAGAGAACUGACCCCCCAUAACCCAGCCUCUGUCUGUGCAUACAGAAACCCAGCUCACAAGCACGUGCACGUGUGUUUGUGUGUGCUGGUCGCUCACUAUGCGGGUGACCCCUCUUCUCUUGUUCCAGUCGCCCCCUCUCCUAGUCGCCCCCUUGGUCCCCCCAGUGUCUGAGAUGAGAAGAUUCGGGUGCUGCUGUUGCAUGAGGCAGUUCCGCCCCGUGUGAUUGUCUCCUCAGCCCCGCUCCCCAUCGCACUGAGGUGGUGGGCCCGGAAUGGCCUCUCUGGACCUGCCCUAUCGCUGUCCUCGCUGCGGGGAGCACAAGCGCUUCCGGAGCCUGUCGUCCCUGCGCGCCCACCUGGAGUACAACCACACCUACGAGACCCUCUACGUCCUCUCCAAGUCCAACAGCGUGUGUGACGCCGCUGCCCUGCUCCCCCUGGUGGCCGCUGACAGCGCGCUGCUAAACCAGGCCACCGCCGCUGCGUCCGCCUCCCCCUACCGUGAGCUGCCCUGCCCGGACGACCUCGGCCUGACCCCUUCGACUGCCCGCUAUCUGCCCAACGUGGAGUUCCCACUGGGGGACAUCUUCGUGAAGAAAGCCAUGAGCUCGGCUGACGGGCCCCCCAACCCCAGCAGCACGGUGAUGGCCGUAGCGGCGGCGAACGUGGCGGCCAGCGCGGUGGAGGCCGCCUACGAGGAGGGCCUGGCGCGGCUGAAAGCGCGGGCCUUCGAGCGUCUGGAUCUGGACGAGCGUCUGGAGAAGCUGUCGGAGGAGGUGGAGCAGAAGAUAGCUGAGCGCGUGGGCCGGCUACAGUCUGAGCUGGAGAGGAAGAGCUCGGAGCUGGAGAGGGCCAAAGUGGAGAGUGAGCGGCUCAGCCAGGAGAAGCACGACCUGGAGAGCAAGGCCUCGGAGCUCUCGCGGCAGGUGGACGUCUCAGUGGAGAUGCUGGCCAGCCUCAAGCAGGAUCUUGUCAACAAGGAUCAGGAGCUCUCACACAAGCAACAAGAGGUGGCUCAGAUCGACCAGUUCCUCCAGGAGACGGCCGCGCGGGAGGCUAACGCUAAGGUGCGGCUGCAGCAGUUCAUUGAGGAGCUCCUGGACCGGGCUGACCGUGCUGAGAAACAGCUCCAGAUCAUCAGCAGCUGUGGCACCACACCCAAUGGCAGCCUGGGACGCUGCAGCGUGCAGGAGUCAAAGGGCAACGGACGACAGAGGAAUUCCAGUAUCUCGGGAACGUCCAGAGGCAUGUACCAGGUGUCAGACCGGCACUCCCCAAGCACAGGGGUGCCAGGCCGCGUGAAGUCCGUGUCACAGGGCUCGGGUGUUGGCUAUGACAGCGACAGUGUGGAGAUGCACCCCAUGGACGAGUGUCUGGAGGCCCAGUACUACCAUGUGCAGUGCCGGCUGGGCGAGGGCGGUGGCGGCGGCGGCGGCGGUGGCGGCGGUGGCUACGAUCGGGCAGGGGCCUCGCGUAGCUGGGGGCUCCGGAAGCAGGCCAUCCAGAACUGGCAGCGGCGUCCGUACCGUAACAGCACAGAGGGCGAGGAGGGAGACGUGUCGGAUGAUGUGGGCUCCUGCUCACGCACCACCGAGUCCGAGGCCGAGCUCUGGGAGCAGGAGCACCGCGUCCCCACAGACUGCCAGCAGCCCUGCAGAUCUGCAUACCGCCUGGGUCGCUCUGAGGGGGGGUACAGGCCCUGCCGCCACGAGAAGAGCCCCUCGCGGUCGAAUGAGGUGAUCAGCCCCGAGAUACUGAAGAUGAGGGCGGCCCUCUUCUGCAUCUUCACCUACCUGGACACCAAGACGCUGCUGCGCGCCGCGGAGGUGUGCCGCGACUGGAAGUUUGUGGCGCGACACCCGGCCGUGUGGACGCGCGUCCUGCUGGAGAACGCACGCAUCUCCUCCAAGUUUUUAUCUACACUGUCGCAGUGGUGCACGCAGACCCACUCACUCAUUCUCCAGAACCUCAAACCCAGGCAGAGGGGAAAGAAGGAGACGAAAGAAGAAUACCUCAAGAGCACACGUGGCUGUCUUGAGGAGGGCUUGGAGGCCUUGCUGAAGGCCACCGGUGGGAACCUGCUCAUCCUGAAGGUGUCCCACUGCCCCAACCUGCUCACUGACCGCUCGCUCUGGCUGGCCAGCUGCUACUGCCGCGCCCUGCAGGCUGUUACCUACAGGAGUGCUACAGACCCUGUUGGACAGGAGGUGAUCUGGGCUUUGGGGGCAGGCUGCAGAGACAUCAUCUCCCUGCAGGUGGCGCCAUUGCAUCCAUGCCAACAGCCAGCACGCUUCAGCAACCGAUGCCUGCAGACCAUUGGCCGGUGCUGGCCACACCUCCGUGCCCUGGGAGUGGGAGGAGCUGGAUGUGGUAUCCAAGGCCUGGCAUCUCUGGCACGGAAUUGCAUGAGGCUGCAGGUGCUGGAGCUGGACCAUGUGAGUGAGAUCAACCAGGAGGUGGCCGCUGAGGUCUGCAGGGAGGGGCUGAAGGGCCUGGAGAUGCUGGUCCUCACCUCCACACCGGUCACGCCCAAGGCCUUGCUGCACUUCAACAGUGUGUGCCGUAAUCUGAAGUCCAUCGUGGUGCAGAUUGGCAUUGAGGAUUACUUCGAGGACCCCAACAGCCCAGAGGCCAGAAAACUUUUCGAGGAGAUGGUCAACAAGCUGCAGGCACUGAAGAAGCGUCCAGGCUUCUCGAAAAUCCUCCAUGUGAAAGCUGACGUUUUAUGCUAACCCUCUGCGCUGUGCUGAGAGCUAGUUCUAGGCGCCACCACACCUGCCCCUGACUCCACGGCCUCACCGCCUGAGGGUGAAUGUACUGCACUCAGAGAACAGACUCAGAAGGGAGGAAGGCUACACACUUGAGAGUGACGGAGGACUUCUCAAGCCCACAUCAUGAAACAGACCUCCAUUCACACAGAGCAGAACACCAACACUUCAACAUCACUUUGAAUCGACUUCAGUGGACAAUCUGGGUCUUCUAUUGACUUCUUGCCAAGCAGAACCUUUACACGUAAACUUCAUUCUCAGUGUGAAACUAUAUGAUGAUAGAUGACUUCAUAGCACACAUCCGCAAACUGGGAAACACAGAAUUACAAAAUUUACGAAAUCAAUUGUUUUCUAGAAGACUGAUGGUUGCAUCUAAUGUCUUAGGAACGUUUCUCUGAAAGAGCACAUGUUCAGCUUGCAGACGGGAAUGGUAGUGUGUGUUGGUUUGCAUUGACUGGAGUCAGGAGUGCUCGUCCUGUACGUACGACCUGCCACUUACAACUUCCUCUGGGCUCAUCCCCAGCACUGGCUGUCUGGAUGAAUAAACAAAGACAGUAUGUGAGUAUGAGUCUUAGUGUGUGUGUGUGUGUCUGUGUGUUGUGUGUGUGUGUGUGUGUGUGUGUGUGUGUGUGUGUGUGUGUGUGUGU